AUGCGAUAUCUCUGUAGGAGUUACGAAGAUUUUUUCAAACCGUCAAAAUCCGGAAGGUCAAAGUCCUCUUCAAAACCCCGUGAACCUCCAAUACGACCAUGGAUAGAAAAAUAUCGACCGAAGGACAUGAACGACAUCAGCUCCCAGGAAGAGGUAGUCGCCGUUCUAAAAAAGACAUUAGAGUCGCAGAACCUGCCGCAUCUUCUUUUCUAUGGACCACCGGGAACUGGGAAAACUUCUACUAUUUUGGCGUUGGCGAGGGAACUGUACGGUCCAGAACUCAUAAAAGACCGAGUUCUUGAACUUAAUGCCUCCGAUGAGCGCGGUAUAGAUGUCAUCCGUGCCAAAGUCAAGAACUUUGCGCGAACAACAGUGAGCGGCUCGGCAAAUGGCUACCCCUCCCCGCCAUACAAAAUCAUUAUUCUUGAUGAAGCAGAUUCCAUGACGCAAGACGCUCAAUCCGCCCUGCGUAGAACAAUGGAAACUUAUUCGAACAUUACCCGAUUUUGUCUCAUUUGUAAUUAUAUCAGUCGUAUCAUUCAACCCCUGGCCUCCCGAUGCGCCAAAUUCCGGUUUAAGCCCCUCGAUACGACAUCCACCAAACAGCGCAUCGAAGAGAUAUGUCGCAACGAGAGUGUGAAUUGUCCUCCUGAGACGGUUGACCAUCUUGUUCGAGUCUCGGAAGGCGAUAUGCGGCGAUCCAUCAUGCUCCUGCAAAGCGCGUACAGAUUAUAUCAGUCAGAACCCAUAACAAAGGAUGCCAUGUCUGAGAUUGCUGGGGUUGUUCCGGAACCCUUAAUUGACAAGCUCAUGGCGGUAUGGCAGUCUAAAAACAUAGCUCAUAUUGAAAGUACGGUGAACCAAGUCAUCAAAGCCGGGUAUUCUGGGGCACAGUUGAUGAGUCAGCUCCACGAUCGUGUGAUAUCAGACGCCCACCUCUCUUCAAUUCAGAAAUCAAAAAUGGCACAGACCCUAGGCCAAGUGGACAAGGCCCUUGGGGACGGCGCGAGCGAGCAUUUACAGUUGUUGAGGCUGCUUGUUGCUGCAUAUUGA